ACUUGCACCGGGUGCAACGCCUCCCUAAGCGGCGUGUGCGCCCCGGCGGUGGGCCCGGAGCUCCUGGCGCUGGCACCCUCCCCAGCGCGGGCGGGUGGACCGCGGGAGCCUGGUGUCCUUUCGGUUCGGGUUUUCCAGAUUUCUGGAUCAGUGGAGCGCCUUUUCCUGAGGGCUGGCCAUUCUAGUGGUCUCUUUUCCAAAGCCUCUGCCCAAGCCUUUCGUGUUUUUUGUUUUGUUUUUUUAUGGGCCGCAGAUACACUUCUUAGGUUUCCGACAGGAGACACCUUCCCUCCAUUCUGACUGAAGAUGAGUGAACAGGAAGAGUCCGACCCAUCUCUUCAAGCCCUUGAGUCCCGCCAAGAUGAUAUUUUAAAACGUCUCUAUGAAUUGAAAGCUGCGGUUGACGGCCUCUCGAAGAUGAUUCAGACACCAGACGCAGACGUGGACGUAACCAACAUAAUCCAAGCUGACGAGCCCGCUGCUUUCUCGACCAGCGCGUUGGACUUAAACUCAGUGCUUGGAAAGGAUUACGGGGCGCUGAAAGACAUCGUGAUCAACGCAAACCCUGCCUCCCCUCCCCUGUCCCUGCUCGUGCUGCACAGGCUCCUGUGUGACCACUACAGGGUCCUGUCCACUGUUCACACACACUCUGCAGUUAAGAGUGUGCCAGAAAACCUCCUCAAGUGCUUUGGCGACCAGACCAAAAAACAGCCCCGUCACGAGUAUCAGCUGGGUUUUACUCUAAUUUGGAAGAAUGUGCCGAAGACACAAAUGAAGUUCAGCGUCCAAACGAUGUGUCCCAUCGAAGGAGAAGGGAACAUCGCCCGGUUUCUGUUCUCUCUGUUUGGCCAGAAGCAGAAUGCUGUGAAUUUAACCCUCGUAGAUAGCUGGGUAGAUAUAGCGGUUUUUCAGCUAAAAGAGGGAAGCAGUAAAGAAAAAGCCGCUGUGUUCCGCUCCAUGAACUCCGCUCUUGGCAAGAGCCCCUGGCUGGUUGGGAAUGAACUCACUGUGGCAGAUGUGGUGCUGUGGUCUGUGCUCCAGCAGACGGGAGGCGGCAGCAUGACCGUGCCGGCCAACGUGCAGAAGUGGAUGAGGGCGUGUGAGAACCUGGCCCCCUUCAACACUGCGCUCAAGCUCCUUCAGUGAAUUUCGGUACCUGUAAAAGGCUGACUUCAUGAAUGGUGCUGUUUCCUGCCUGUUGGGGGUAAAGGACUUGUACUACUAAAAUCAAAGUCUGCUUAGUCCAGUUGUCUAGAAUGAAUAAAGGUAUCAUAAUUUA